UAAGAUUUAGUUAGAUCAAUCAAUAAAUGAGAAGAAGAUGAUGCACUUUAGUAAAGUAAGUAAACCCUAAAAAUAAGCCCCAAAAAAGCCAAGGGAAAAAUGCCAGGAAUCCCUCCCCCCACCUCUCCACCUCCACCACCUCCACCUCCACCUCCACCUCCACCUCUCCCCUUCUUCCUCCUCAUCUGACAGAGUCUUUUUAGCACUCCUGCAAGAACAAAACCCCCACCCCCAUCACACUCACACCAAACCAACCAACCAACCAACCCCUCUCUCUCUCUCUCUCUCUCUCUCUCUCUCUCUCUCUAGUAGUGAAAGUAGUAGAAAGGAGAAGCAGAGAAAAAGCUCCAAACUGAAUUCUCUAUCUCUAUCUCUCUCUCUAGAGAAGUAAUAGAGAGAGGAAAAAAAGGAAGGAAAGGUGAAAGGUAGCUUCUUCUUCUUCAUCAUCUUUAUAUACUUCACUUCACUCCACAGAUUAAACCCAUUUGUCUCUUUCAAGCUCCCAUUUUUCCCAAUCAAACUUCUCCAUUUUUGAGCUCCAUCAUCCUCAACCCUAGCUAAGUGCUCUCUCUCUCUCUCUCUCUCUAAAAAGCUCCCAAAACCCAAUCCUCUCUCUCUCUGGGAAAAAUAAUUGAGGAAAAAAGGAGAGAGGAAAAGGGAAAAGGUGAAAGGUAGCUUCUUUCUGCUUCUUCUUCUUCUUAUUCAGAUUUUCCCUCACAACAACUCGCUUCUCCAUGUUUGAGCUCCAUCUUUCUCUCUCUCUGUCUCUCUCUAGAAACCCUAGCAAAACCCUAGAGAAGGCCUAGAAAAACCCUAGCAAAACCACCGGAAUCUCAAGAAAGGAGGCGCCUUUCCUGCACCAUUCGACUCCUUCCCCCAGAACCCACAUCAAAAACCCCUCCACUACCCGGGAGAGGAACCGUAGAAUCGAAGCCCUAGUUUACUUGAUUAGGAGAGAGAAAGAGGGGGAGGGGCGGGGAGUGGGGAAAAGGGCCCAUUUUUACCUCCUCCUCCCGAUGCCAAACCCGAGCCCUCGAUGAGCCCGAAUCGACCUCCCCAAUGCGGCUCCCGUCGUGCUCCGUCUCCGAUGUCGCGGCGCGGUUCGCGUUCUUCCCCCCCGACCCCCCCACGUACUCGAUCAAGCGGGACGAGAUCAACGGCCGGAUCGCGGCCGCGGGGGUGCCGAGGGACCAGUCGAUGGACGUGAUCGCGCUGGAGACGCGCCGCGGGAACCGGAUCGUCGCCUUCUACCUCAGAAACCCUAGCGCGAGGUUGACCGUGCUCUACUCCCAUGGCAACGCCGCGGAUCUCGGACAACUCUACGACCUCUUCGCACAGCUCAAGGUCAAUCUCAGGGUUAAUCUCAUGGGGUAUGAUUAUUCUGGAUAUGGAGCAUCAACCGGUAAGCCAAGUGAAGCGAAUACAUACGCGGACAUCGAAGCAGUGUACCAGUGUCUAGAAACCGAAUACGGAAUCAGCCAGGAGGAUUUGAUCUUGUACGGGCAAUCGGUCGGUAGCGGGCCCACGCUCCACUUGGCGGCUCGGUUGCCGAGAUUGCGCGGCGUUAUUCUUCACAGCGCUAUACUGUCGGGCCUUCGCGUGGUCUGCCACGUGAACUUCAAUUUCUGCUUCGAUAUUUAUAAAAACAUUAACAAAAUAAAGAAGGUCAAAUGCCCGGUUCUUGUAAUUCAUGGAACCGAAGACGACGUCGUGAAUUGGCUACACGGGAACGGAUUGUACAAACUAGCGCGGGAACCCUACGAGCCCUUAUGGAUCAAGGGAGGCGGGCACUGCAAUCUCGAGCUCUACCCCGACUACAUCCGCCACUUGUGCAAAUUCAUCCGCGAAAUGGAGAGCAUCACCACCGCAGCCCGGCUCAAGAAGAUCCGCCAAACCCUAGACCUCCCCAAGAAGCCUUACAAGCCGAACGCCGCCAAUGCCGCCGCCGCCGCCGCCGCCGCCACCACCACCACUUUCACUACUAACUGCUGCUGCCGACUCCGAUGCAAGAAGCCUAAUUGCUCGUGUUGGUCGAUCCGGCCGAGAUGUUUAACCCUAAGGUGCUUUAGUUGCUCAAACUUUUUCCGUAACUGUUGCUGCUGCUGCUGCUGCCACUGCCGCUGCCGCUGCUGUUGUGGGGGAGAUGCGCGGCGCGAGUAAAUGUCUCGCGCCGGUGUAGAAAUUCUCUUUAGAUUCAUCAAAAUCUAACCCUUUGUUGCUGUGCAAUUAGGAGCCCCAUCAAUCUAAGGUUGUAUAAGAGGGAUGGAUGUGUAAGGUUGUUUCUUUUUCUUCUUUUUUUUUUUCUUUUUUUUUCCCCCUGCUUUCAACUGAUGUAACAGUGUCCUAUGCCACUGAUGAAAUAUUAUUUGAUUGGUAUUUUAGUUAAAUGGUUCUGAUCA